GGAAAGAUAGGGCCAGGCAGCUCGGGCUCCAAAGCAGGCAUAAAUAUCGCAUGCGGCCAGGCAAAGGUUAGUUUGCCUGAAGCUCCUGGGGCCCUGGAGGAAGAAAGCUGUCAUGGUGCGCCUCCUUCUCUCUGUGCUGGCUCUGCUGACACAGCCCCAGGGGCACCUGGGAGCAGAAGUGAAGGCUUACUCCCAGAAGACAGUGACCAAUGCCUGCACCCUGGUCAUGUGUAGCCCUGUGGAGAAUGGCCUGCCUGGUCGUGAUGGACGAGAUGGAAGAGAGGGCCCCCGUGGCGAGAAGGGGGAUCCAGGUCUUCCAGGAGCUGUAGGACAAGCUGGGAUGCCCGGACUAGCUGGCCUAGUCGGACCCAAAGGGGACAACGGCUCUGCUGGAGAACCGGGACCAAAGGGAGACUCUGGGCCGCGUGGGCCUCCAGGUCUUCCAGGCGCACCUGGUCCCGCUGGAAGGGAAGGCCCCUCAGGAAAGCAGGGAGACAUUGGACCGCAAGGCAAACCAGGCCUGAGAGGAGAGGCGGGGCCCAAAGGAGAAGUAGGUGACCCAGGCAUGCAGGGCUCCACAGGGACAAGAGGUCCCAUGGGCCCUAAAGGCGAGAAAGGCGCCCCCGGUGAGCAAGGAGCCACUGGCAGUGCUGGGGCAGCAGGGCCUUCUGGAGCUGUUGGCCUGCAGGGACCUCCUGGUGCGAGGGGGCCUCCAGGGCUGAAAGGGGACAGAGGUGCUCCUGGGGACAGAGGAGCCAAGGGCGAAAGUGGACUUCCUGACAUCACUUCUCUGAAGCAGCAGGUUGAGGCCCUUCAGGGACAGGUGCAACACCUCCAGGCUGUCUUCUCUCAGUACAAGAAAGCUGAGCUCUUUCCCGAUGGCCGAGGUAUUGGGGAAAAAAUCUUCAAGACAGGCGGUUUCGAGAAAUCCUUCCAGGAUGCACAGAAGGAGUGCACUCAGGCCGGUGGGCAGCUGGCCUCCCCGCGCUCCGCAGCUGAGAAUGCUGCUGUGCAGCAGCUGGCCAUCGCUCAGAACAAGGCUGCCUUCCUGAGCAUGACUGACGCCCACACAGAGGGCAAGUUCGUCUACCCCACAGGGGAGCCCCUGGUCUAUUCCAACUGGGCACCCGGGGAGCCCAACAACAACGGGGGUGCAGAGAACUGUGUGGAGAUCUUCACCAACGGCAAGUGGAAUGACAAGGCCUGCCGGGAGCAGCGCCUGGUCAUCUGUGAGUUCUGAGCUCUGGGGGCAGGCAGGCGGUGCCUGGCCAGGAGCCAGGCCGACAAGUCGCAGGCAGCCUGUGUGCUGCCAGCACCAUGGUAAGAUGGCAACCACCUCUGCUGGCUAGGGCUUUGCAGAGUGCAUCCACAAGGUAGGGCUGCUGAGGAAUGCCUCUCAGAAUAAACACAGCUUCCAGGAGUAGCCUCCUGCUUUCACUCUGGCUGCUCCUACAAAUC